UUCGACGUUCUCGAGGAAGAGCCAGCAGUUUGUAUUCACUUGAUACGACACCGAUCCACUGCUAUUAAAUUAGCACGAGAAACUGAAAGAAGACAAACAAAAUAAAAACAACGUUAGUUCUUUAACUUCGAAUAAUAAUAGCUUUGAUUAGCUUGAAGUGGUGAACAUAUUUCUUUGUUGUUGUUAAAUCUUUCUCCAAGUGGAAAGUGUUUCGUUGUUUGCAAUUGAAACAAAUACGAAGCUUUUUAAAAAGAAGAUUUCUUUCGAUACAUAAAUAGAUCGAAUUUAAUAAAACUAUUGAAUCGAUCGUUAAAUAUCACCUGGAUCAAAUUAAGAUAAAUCUUAUACGACUUGGUUCUUAAGUAACCGAGUGGGGCAAUUAAUUGCCUGAAACAUUUUGGUGAAUAAAUAUUCACAGAGAUAUGGAAGAUUCAACCAGAUUAAACGAUCCGAAUGAACUUCGUCGUCAUCAUCAUCAUCAUCAUCAUCACCAUCAUCAUCAUCAUCAUCAUCACGAUUACCAACAAAUGCCGCAAUCACAACAGAAACAACAACAGUUGUCUUCGCGUCAACGUGAUCAAAGUGGUCACAGAUUAGAGCUGAUAGACGACGAGUGUAGCACUGACAGUGGUUGCAGCAGCGGUGGUAGCAGUGGUAGCGCUGAAAGAUUGUCACGUCGUGGUAGCGCGGAACGUCUUUGCCGUGUCAACAGAUCAUCCAGAAAUCAUUGUUAUCCCGACAGAUUUCGUGGUAGAUCAACCAGAUCUCAAGAACGUUUGACAAACAUACAAAGAAGUACCGAACGUACUCGUGCAAAAUCAUCAAGAUCAUGGAGUCCUAAUGACGUUAGGGGUAAUCAAUGUGGUAGCGGUGAAUCAUCUUCUUAUUCGCCAAGUCCAUCUGAUGCUCAUAGUAGCAGCGACAGCGACAGUUUGAAAAGGCCAUCGACCGCCGAAACUUUGAGACGUGCUUUCCAAACUUUCAAAAUUUCAUCCAAAUCAGAAAGUAAGAAGAAACACGCCAAGAAAAGUCCAAAAAGAAUCCUCAGAAGUCCGGUAUCUUAUACGUACGUGAGAGGACUUUCCGGUUUACCAACACAAAGAGUCCCGAAAAAUGCAACCCAACAACUCAUGAUGUCCUGCACUUGUCAAGACUCGAUAGGACUCUAUCGAUAAGUUUCCUGUCUUCUCUAUUCGUUACUACAACUUCAAAGAUCUUUUUCUUCUUCUUCUUCUUCUUCUUCUUCUUCUUCUUCUUCUUCUUCUUCUUCUUCUUCUUCAACAACAACAAACUGGAAUCUUCAACAAGAUUGAUCAUCGACAUCGACAGCUGUCUGAUUUUAUCCGUCUGAUAUUAUUAUUUUAUUUUAAAUUUCAUUUUGUUCUUUUUUUGUUUUUUGUUUCUUCAAUUCAUUCACUUUCGCUAUUUCUUCGUGGGCUUUUCCGGCUUUCGAAGAUUAAACGAAAUGCGUUCAUCGAAUGGGAUCAAUUCGUGUAUAUAUUCGUAUACAUAUAUAUAUAUAUAUAUAUAUGUAUC